CGCACUGCGCCGCCUCCGGCCUCCACGGCUACAGUGCUCCACCGCACUGGGUUUAAGGACCAGCCCUGCCACCGCUGAUUGUCAACCUGAUGGCGGCGCCGGCGACAAACAAUAACGGCACGGCACCUUACCGGCCGUAUCGACAGAAGAAAGUCCUGGCGGCUCAUUCACGGGCCCUCUCCUGCGUGAAGUUCUCGAACGACGGCCAGUUCUUCGCCUCUGCCUCCUUGGACACAACCCUAAUUGUCUGGUCAUCCGAAACCCUAACGCAGCUCUCCCAUCUCGUGGGCCACUCCCACGGCGUGUCCGACCUGGCCUGGUCUCCCGACUCCACCUACAUCUGCUCCGCCUCCGACGACUGCACCAUCCGCAUCUGGGUCGCCAGCUCCGGCGAGUGCCGCAAGACCCUCCGCGGCCACACCAAUUUCGUCUUCUGCGUCAAUUUCAACCCCCAAUCCAACCUCAUCGCAUCCGGAUCAUUCGACGAGACCAUCCGGAUCUGGGACGUGAAAACGGGCAAGUCCGUGCACGUGAUCCGGGCCCAUUCCCUGCCCGUCACCGCGGUGCAUUUCAACAAGGACGGAACUAUGCUUGUCUCCAGCAGCCAUGACGGCUCUUGUAAGACUUGGGACCCUACCACCGGCGCGUGCUUGAAGACCCUCAUAAAUGAUGCGGACCACCCCGUUUCGUUUGCCAAAUUCUCUCCCAAUGGCAAGUUCAUACUCGUCGCCACUCGCGAUGAUACUCUUAAACUGUGGAAUUACGCGACUGGGAAGGUGAUAAAGACGUAUACGAAGCACGCGAACAAAACGUAUUGCAUCACACCCACAUUUUCGGUUACGUCUGCGAAGUACAUCGUUUCGGGAUCCGAAGAUUGUUGUGUGUACAUAUGGGAUCUCCAAAAAGAAAAGAAUUUGCUGCAAAAGCUGGAGGGGCACACGGAUACGGUCAUCUGCGUGAGCUGUCACCCUCUGGUGAACAUGAUUGUGUCUGCAGGACUUGACAAUGAUAGAACCGUGAGGGUUUGGGUUCAAGAUUAAUCAAACAAUCUUCUUCUUCUUCUUCUUCGUCAGCUCCUUCCCGGUAAGUUUUCUACUCCACUGGUAAAUGUUCAGAUAUGCCUCCUGGAACAUUUGGGUGAGGGCAUAGCAUGAUACUCAUAUGAAAGUGAUGUACAUUCGAAUCGGAAAUUGUUAUGAAAAUGUUAAUUAAUUUGAGACACUACAUCUUUGUUAUGAAUUGCUUUAUGUGAAAUCAUAGAUUACACGAGUACUUUUUUUUUAGUAGCUCUAUACGCAUUAGUCUAGUAUUUG